GUCCGACAGUACUCGAGUCCAAGUUUCGUCUAUUUCAGUUAUCCGCCCGCCGUCUAUCUUGCUAAGUUUGAGAAAGCGAGAGGGGUGAUGGGACAGUGACGGCAGGGGGUGAGGAGGGGGAGCCGAGAGAGUGAGUGAGAAGGUAGGAGGAGAAACGGACAGGCUUCAGGUAGGAGAUCUGGGAUGUCGGAGGCGAAGCCGCUUGUGGAGCUUUGUAAGGGGGUCAAUGGCCUCGACAAGAUCGUGCUAAGAGAAGUCAGGGGAAGCUCGGCAGAGGUGUACUUAUAUGGAGGUCAUGUAACAUCUUGGAAGAAUGAUCUUGGAGAGGAGUUGCUUUUCUUGAGCAGUAAGGCCAUCUUCAAGCCGCCUAAAGCAAUUCGUGGUGGCAUUCCAAUCUGCUUUCCGCAAUUUAGCAAUCAUGGAAAUCUUGAAAAACAUGGGUUUGCAAGGAAUAGAUUGUGGAGUAUUGAUCCUGACCCACCACCCUUUCCUACUGCCGCCUUAGAUAAAGCUUUUGUCGACUUGAUCCUCAGGCCAUCUGAAGAAGAUAACAAGACUUGGCCCAACAGCCAUGAAUUUCGUUUGAGGGUCACCCUGGGACCUGGAGGUGACCUUAUGCUGACCUCACGAAUAAGAAAUACAAAUACUGAUGGAAAGGCAUUCUCCUUCACAUUUGCAUACCACACCUACUUUUCUGUUUCAGAUAUCAGUGAAGUUCGUAUUGAAGGUUUAGAGACAUUGGAUUACCUCGACAACCUACAUGAAAAAGAGCGUUUCACUGAACAGGGUGACGCGAUCACAUUUGAAUCUGAAGUGGACAAAGUAUACUUAAGCACGCCAAAUAAGAUUGCCAUCCUGGACCAUGAAAAGAAACGGACAUUUGUUUUAAGAAAAGAAGGCCUACCAGAUGCAGUGGUGUGGAAUCCAUGGGAUAAGAAGGCCAAAGCAAUUGCAGAUCUUGGGGAUGAUGAUUACAAGCACAUGUUGUGCGUGGAGGCCGCUGCUAUUGAGAAACCCAUCACUUUGAAACCUGGUGAGGAGUGGAAGGGAAGGUUGGAACUAUCUGCAGUUCCUUCCAGCUACUGCAGUGGACAGCUGGAUCCUCAAAGGGUUCUUCAUGGCUGAGCUUGUUUCAGUUCUUGAGGCGCACACCAUUCACUGUUUUGCUGAAUGGUUUGUGCAGGAGCAGGCUAUGGAUGCUGCUGGUGAUAUAUAACGAGUGAAGAUGGAUGAAAUAGUACUACUACUUGUUGUCUGUGUGGAGAAAUAUUUAAAAUCUAACACAGGGGAAAGGGAUAUGUCAACCUGAAAUACUGUGGCUAUAAUUUAUAAGACUAUGAGCUUGUUAUUUGCAUAAUACACACAUUUCAUGAGAAUAAGUCAGACCCAUUUUCUUUUAUGAAUAAUUUGUUUUUCCAGCGA